UUUCUAGGCAACCGCAGACUCCAGUCCUUUAGUGGGGCCUGAUGGUCAACAGACAGUUCGUAAGUGCCCCAGGAAGUGCCCAUGGGCUGUCCACCGUCCCUUUCACAUCUCUGAGCUCCUUUGUCCUCUGGACUUCUGACCAGUUCUAACGAGUAAAAUUGGCCUCCCAGAUGUGUGGAACUGUCCCUAGAUCUAUAGCUCUUCACUACCAUCUCUACCUUCUUCCGUCUGGGAGAUCCUGAAACCUCUGAAAUGGAAAAGUACCACGUGUUGGAGAUGAUUGGAGAAGGCUCUUUUGGGAGGGUGUACAAGGGUCGAAGAAAAUACAGUGCUCAGGUCGUGGCCCUGAAGUUCAUCCCAAAAUUGGGGCGCUCAGAGAAGGAACUGAAGAAUCUGCAACGAGAGAUUGAAAUCAUGCGGGGUCUGCGGCAUCCCAACAUUGUGCAUAUGCUUGACAGCUUUGAGACUGACAAAGAGGUGGUGGUGGUGACAGACUAUGCUGAGGGAGAGCUCUUCCAGAUCCUGGAAGAUGACGGAAAACUUCCCGAAGACCAGGUUCAGGCCAUUGCUGCCCAGUUGGUAUCAGCCCUGUACUAUCUGCAUUCCCACCGCAUCCUGCACCGAGACAUGAAGCCCCAGAACAUUCUCCUUGCCAAGGGUGGUGGCAUCAAGCUCUGUGACUUUGGAUUUGCCCGGGCUAUGAGCACCAACACGAUGGUGCUGACAUCUAUCAAAGGCACACCACUCUAUAUGUCUCCAGAGCUGGUGGAGGAGCGGCCAUACGACCACACAGCAGACCUCUGGUCUGUGGGCUGCAUACUGUAUGAGCUGGCUGUAGGCACCCCUCCCUUCUAUACCACGAGCAUCUUUCAGCUGGUUAGCCUUAUUCUCAAAGACCCUGUGCGCUGGCCUUCCACCAUCAGUCCCUGCUUUAAGAACUUCCUGCAGGGACUGCUCACCAAAGACCCCCGGCAGCGUCUGUCCUGGCCAGACCUCUUACAUCACCCCUUUAUUGCUGGUCGUGUCACCAUAAUAACUGAGCCAGCAGGCCCAGAUUUGGGCACCCCAUUCACCAGUCGCCUACCCCCAGAACUUCAGGUCUUAAAGGAGGAACAGGCUCAUCGACUGGCCCCCAAGGGCAAUCAGUCUUGCAUCUUGCGCCGGGCCUGUAAACGCAUGGCUGAGGAGGCCAAGCAGAAGAAACACCAGAACACAGGAUCUGCCCUUGAGCAAGAGGAUGGGACCAGCAAGGUAGCUCCUGGAAUAGGCCCUCUACCCAGACUAAGAGCCACUCCUCAGGAAUCAAGCCUCCUGGCUGGGAUCUUGGCCUCAGAAAUGAAGAGCAGCUGGGCUGAGUGGGGGACUGGAGAGGCCCCCCCUGCACCUUGGGAAAACCGGAUCACUUCAGAUUGUGAACAAGCAUUCCCAGAGCUGAGGCCAGAGAUGGUGAGCCAGCGAAACAUUGACACAGUGGACCUAGAACACGAGGAGCCAGACAGUGAUGAUGAGUGGCAACACCUGUUAGAGACCACCGAGCCUGUAUCCAUUCAACUGAAGGCCCCUCUCACCCUGCUGUGUAAUCCUGACUUCUGCCAGCGCAUCCAGAGUCAGCUGCAUGAAUCUGGAGGGCAGAUCCUGAAAGGCAUCCUAGAGGGUGCUUCCCACAUCCUCCCUGCUCUCCGGGUUCUGAGCAGUCUUCUGUGCAGCUGCAGUGACUCUGUCCCCUUGUAUUCCUUCUGCCGGGAGGCAGGGCUGCCUGGGUUGCUGCUCAGUCUACUCAGGCACAGUCAGGAGAGCAACAGUAUCCAGCAGCAAUCUUGGUAUGGAACCUUCUUACGGGACCUGAUGGCUGUGAUUCAGGCCUACUUUGCCUGCACCUUCAAUCUGGAGAGGAGCCAGACAGGUGACAGCCUACAGGUGUUUCAGGAGGCUGCCAGCCUGUUUCUGGACCUCUUGGGGAAAUUACUGGCCCAACCAGAUGACUAUGAACAGACUUUGCGGAGGGACAGCCUUAUGUGCUUUACUGUCCUGUGUGAAGCCAUGGAUGGGAACAGCCUGGCCAUCUCCAAAGCCUUUUACUCCAGCCUGCUGACUACACAGCGGGUUGUGUUGGAUGGGCUUCUUCAUGGCUUGACAGUUCCACAGCUCCCUUUCCACACCCCUCCAGGAGCCCCACAAGUGAGCCACCCACUGCGGGAGCAGAGUGAGGAUCUACCUGGAGCCAUUUCCUCUGCUCUGGCAGCUAUAUGCACUGCUCCUGUGGGACUGCCUGGCUGCUGGGAGGCCAAGGAGCAGGUCUGUUGGCACUUGGCAAAUCAGCUGACUGAAGAUAGCAGCCAACUGAGGCCAUCCCUUAUCUCUGGCCUGCAGCAUCCCAUCCUGUGCCUACACCUUCUCAAGGUUCUUUAUUCCUGCUGCCAUGUCAGUGAGCGCCUGUGCUGUCUUCUAGGGCAAGAGUCCCUCGCCUUGGAGUCACUGUUGAUGUUGGUCCAGGGCAAGGUAAAAGUAGUGGACUGGGAAGAGUCUGCUGAAGUGACACUCUAUCUCCUCUCCCUUCUUAUCUUUCGGCUCCAAGAUCUACCUUCUGGAAUGGAGAAGCUAGGCAGUGAAGUUGCUACUCUCUUUACCCAUUCACACGUCGUCUCUCUUGUGAAUGCAGCUGCCUGUCUUUUGGGACAGCUUGGUCAGCAAGGGGUGACCUUUGAGCUCCAGCCCAUGGAAUGGAUUGCUGCGGCCACACAUGCCUUGUCUGCCCCUGCAGAGGUCCGGCUGACUCCACCAGGUAGUUGUGGAUUCUAUGAUGGCCUCCUCAUCCUUCUGCUGCAGCUCCUCACCCAGCAGGGGAAAUCUAACCUGAUCAGGGAUGUGGCUAACUCAGAAAUGUGGACCAUUCUGUGGCACCGCUUCUCCAUGGCCUUGAGGCUACCCAAGGAGGUAUCUGCACAGGAAGAGGAGCUAUUGCUUUCCAGUACACCAAGCUCAGAGCCAGAUUGGACUUUGAUCUCACCCCAAGGUAUGGCAGCCCUGUUGAGCCUAGCCAUGGCCACCUUCACCCAGGAGCCCCAGUUAUGCCUGAGCUACCUGUCCCAGCGUGGAAGCAUCCUCAUGUCCAUCCUGAAGCAUCUGCUUUGCCCUAGCUUCCUGCAUCAACUUGACCAGGCGCCUCACGGGUCUGAGUUUCUCCCUGUUGUGGUGCUGUCUGUCUGUCAGCUCCUCUGUUUCCCCUUUGCCCUGGAUGUGGAUGCUGACCUCCUUGCGGGUAUCUUGGCUGACCUUAGAGACUCAGAAGUCACAGCCCACCUGCUGCAGGUCUGCUGCUACCACCUUCCAUUGCCACAAGUCGAACUGCCCAUCAGCCUCCUUGCACACCUGGCCCUCAUGGAUCCCACCUCUCUCAAGCAGUUUGUGAACACAGUGGUUGCCUCCCCUAGAUCUAUCAUCUCGUUUCUCUCAGUUGCCCUCCUGAGUGACCAGCCAAUGCUGACCUCUGACCUUCUCUCCUUGCUGGCCCACACAGCCCGGGUACUGUCUCCCAGCCACUUGUCCUUUAUCCAGGAGCUCCUGGCUGGCUCGGAUGAAUCCUAUCGGCCCCUUCGCAGCCUCCUGGGCCACCCAGAGAAUUCCGUGCGGGCCCGCAUAUAUGGGCUCCUGGGACACUUGCUCCAACACAGCAUGGCCCUGCGUGGGGCACUGCAGAGCCAGUCUGGACUGCUCAACCUUCUGCUGCUGGGGCUUGGAGACAAGGAUCCUGUUGUGCGGCGCAGUGCCAGCUUUGCUGUGGGCAAUGCAGCCUACCAGGCUGGUCCUCUGGGACCUGCUCUCACAGCUGCAGUGCCCAGUAUGACCCAGCUGCUUGGAGAUCCUCAGGCUGGUAUCCGGCGCAAUGCUGCAUCAGCUCUGGGCAACUUGGGACCUGAAGGAUUAGGGGAGGAACUGUUACAGUGCCAAGUACCCCAGCGGCUCUUAGAGAUGGCGUGUGGAGACCCCCAGCCAAACGUGAAGGAGGCUGCCCUCAUUGCCCUCCGGAGCCUCCAACAGGAGCCCUGCAUCCAUCAGGUGCUGGUGUCUCUGGGUGCCAGUGAGAAAUUAGCCUUGCUGUCUGUGGGGAAUCAGUUACUGCCACACAGCAGCCCCAGGCCUGCCUCUGCCAAACACUGCAGGAAACUCAUUCACCUCCUGAGGCCAACCCAUAGCACAUGAUCCCAGAUUCCUGGGGUCCAGCCUUCAACCUUCAUUGCCCCACUAUUGCCAACACUUCCUUAUUCUACCACAGAAGCUACCAACCUGACUGAGAGCUAAAGAGACUAAAAAAGAGAGAAAAACUGCCAACUCAACUAAGAUCGAGAAAGUAGAAGAGAUUUAUACAUAACGCUCCUUCCUUUUCCCAGAUUCAGGAUGAUUUCAACCAGUAAACUUCAUUACUGUUGGUGCCAGAGAAGAUUCCUUCCUUUUCUAUAUCCAGGGGUCUUUUCUCCAAUAAUGUGCCUUUGACCCAGGAACCUGCCUCCCAACCUUAGGGAAAAACCUCUCCCUGAGAGAUCUCUUCCUUUCUGGAGCUCCUUUAAUCCUCCCAGCAGGUUUCUGCUUUAGGAGUGCUGACCACAGGACAGUGAUGAAAACAGAGCCUUUCUCAGCUCUAGGAUUUGGGGAUAAAUGUCAUCAGUCCCUGUUACUGAGGGGUUCUCCAGCCUUAGCCAACAUUCUUAUCCAUGAGUGGGGGUGGGGAGUAUAUUCUUUUUUUUUUUUUUUUUUUUUUUGGUAGUUCUGUUUGUAAACUCUUUUAAUAAAAAUUAUGCCUCACCAUACUUGAAGCUCCCAGGACAAGGGGUUGGGAGGCCCAGCCCCUCUUUUAGCUUUUGUGUGGUGCUGGAAGUACUGGUGUCCUGUUAAUACAA